CCUGGGGGAGGGGAUGGAUGGAAUAUUAUGCUAAUGCAGGGAGAUGGACCCGCCUUUCCCCCUGCCCUCGUGGAGCUGGGGCUGGUGAGGAGACAGCAGCAGGGGAACUGCAAGUAGGGUACAAAAGAGAGCCAGGGAGAGGUGGAGCGGACAGCAGCGGCAGCCUCUGCCUCUCCAGCGGGCAGAGGGACAGGGGCGCUCUCCUUCACCUUGGCUGCCCUCACCCUGUCUGUUUAUUUAUAGGAUUUCCGACUCCCCCUUCCCGCCACUGGAAAGUUUCACCAGCCUUUAAGAAAACCCGUCCGUGCAGCUUCUCCUGCGCUGGCGGAUCCUCCGCAUCUCCCGAGCCCAGCAGCGGAGAUUCGCCUCCGCUGCUCAGUGACAAGGCGGGGGAAGGUUACAAGGCUGGCGGCAGCGCUCCCUCGCUCGCGUUCUCCUUGGAGGGGCAGAAGGAACAUGAGCAGGACCCGUGGAAACUCUCUCUCCUGGGUGUUCGCCUACCUCUGCCUGGGGACGUUGGUUUCUCCGACGGAUGCCAAAGGGACCUAUUACCACCACCCCGCCCCUGUCUCUUACAGCAACAGAUACAAUCUUUAUACCUCAGGAUCUAGCCCUCAGCUCAGCCCCGGGAAGCCCAUGGGGAAGCACAAGAGCUACUGUGCGUACGUGGUGCAGAGAAAUGUGACGUGCACCCUGCAGGAUGGGGUGGAGAGCUACGUGAAGGCAGAAUAUCACAAGUGCAGCUGGGGGCCCAAGUGCCCAGGCAAAGUCCUGUACCGCACCUUCUACAGACCCAAGUACAAGAUUGGCUACAAGACAGUGACUGAGCUGGCAUGGAGGUGCUGCCCAGGACUCAUGGGAGAAGGGUGCCAUGACAGCCCUACCGAUCAACCAGGCCUGCUGCCCCAGCGCCCCAGCCCUAAGAUUCCUCCUGGUCACAAGCUGUUUCCAGGUCCUAGAGUUCCUCCCCAUCCCCAAAUCCACCCUGAGCCGUUUCCAAGUCCAAAGAACCACUAUGGCAGGAAGAUACCUGGCAUCUUUGGGGACAGGCUGGACCGGCUGGAAGAGGAGGUAAGGCGCCUCUCGCAGUCCUACGACAGCCUGCACAAUGUGGUGAGUGGGCUGGGGGACCACCUGCGUCUGGCCAUCCAGGAGGACACCAACAAGAUGAUCGGGUCUCUGAUGAACAGCCCAAGCGUGCCCGACUCAACGGUGGGCUUUGGGGUCAUUCCCGAUGGGAUUGUGGAUGUAGCUGACAAGGCGGACAUCACCACCUAUCCACCCGUGGGUGAGAUCUUGGCCAAGGUGAGUGAAGUGAGUGACGUGCUGAAGACCAAGACAGAUUUGCUCAAUGAGGUGCAUGGCCUGGUCCUGGACCAUGACGGGCAGAUCAAACACCUGCUGGAAUCAGCUAGGCCAUCACCCCUCACCUCCAUCGACAUGUUGGAGGAGUACGUGGACACCCGGCUGAGCAACCUGCGAGGAGAGCUGCUGGAUGGCUUUGAGAAGAAGCUGGUGAAAAUCCAGAGCACAUGCGACUUCAGGAUCAAGGAGGUGCAGCAGCAAUGCGAGGAGGAGAAAGCUGCCAACUUGCGGCUACAGCAGACCCUGGACGGCAAGGAACUAGAGAUCAAGAAGGAGAUCUCCCAGCUGGAGACCCAGAUCCAAGGGUUGACCGUGGUGGAGAGCUGCUGUGGCAACCUGAACUACCUCACCGAGCGCAUGGACAUCCUGGAGAAGGGCCUGCACAGCAUCUCAGAGUCCCAGAAGAACCUGCACUCACAGCUCAACGGUGAGUUCUCCACCAUCACCCUGGGGAGCCUCGUUGAAGGGCGCUUCGAGGACCUGGAGGCGAGACUCAAUGCUACAGAGAGAGAGACUGGCAGCUGCUGCUCCAGCUUGGAGGACAGCAUGAUGGGCCUGGUGGGGUCAGAGUUGGAUGGUGUGAGGACCUCAUUUGAGGACAAAAUGAGGACCUUGGAGGACAGGUUCAUGACCAUUGUGGGGGAGCUAAGCAAUGUCAGUGCCCCAGCGGGCCUGGAUGGAGCCGUGAUGCCCUUGCUGGAGGGAGAGCUUGCCAACAUGAGGAAGCAGACAGAUGAGAGACUGGAGGUGCUGCAGAGCCGGCUCACCACUCUGGAGAGCACUUGCUUACUGGGCUGCGCCUCUGCUUCCAAAGAUGUGGAGACCUUCCGGACAGAAAUUGAGGACUGCCAGAGCAAGAACCAGGAUCUGCUGCUCAGAAUGGACAGUAACAACGACCUCCUGCGCAAGUUGAAUGCCACCAUCCUGGAGAUCCAGAGGCGGAUUGAGGAGGAGGCAACCGGCUCCCUGCAAGGCGAGAUCACCCUGCUCAAGAUCAACCUGAAUACCGUGAGCAAAUCCCUGACAGGGCUCAAGGACUCCGUCUCCCAGUACUCCAACACCGUGCUGCAUGUCAACUCUUCACUGGACGAACACGAGCGCAAGAUAGAGGACGAGGUGCACUCCAUUCAGGAGAAGGUCAGUGACCAAGGCUCGCAGCUCAUCUUCAGUAACAAGCGCGUCCUGAACCUGAAAGGCGACCUGGAGAGACUCAAAGCCAGGAUCGUGAAUGAUCUAAGCAACUGCAAGAACGCUGCACACGACCUGCAGAAGGAGGUGGCCCAGUUCGACAGCCGCGUGGCCCAGGUGGAAAACAUGUGCGGCGGGCUUGGUGCCAUGACGGGGAGCCUGGACAUCAUCCGUGAUGAGCUGGAGAAGCACACAGGCAGCCUGUGGGGCUACAUGGACCAUAUGAACGGGACUUUGGCCUCCCACUCUCAGGAAAUAACUGUAUUGAAGGACAACUUGCUGGAUUGCCAGGCCAAAGUGACAGAGCUGGCCGAACAGGUCACCCACUUGGAAGGUGCUUCAGAGGGGAAGCAGCAUUAGCUAUACUGAAACCCACCUCUCUUUAUCCUUGAAGAACAGAAUUAACUUAUAUCACACAGACUCUACUGUGACAAUGGGUUUUUUGUUGUUGUUUUUUUUUUUAAAAUAUAAAUGGAAAGCUGCUAUAAUCCCUUCUCCCAUUUCUUUAUUUUUUUUUUCUUGCCUGAGAAAAGUGAAACCCUACAGCCCAAGUCGUCCCUUUGCCAUUACUGAACUGGACUUGAUGUCCCUUCUUGUCACUUAGCAGCUGUCCUAACAACGUAGCGAGA